CACAUACCUACCUCUGUUCAAAUUACCUUAGGCACCGCAUCCCGUUUCACAAGGAUCCCUCCCGAUAUCAUUUGGGCAUCCUCUCCGAAUGAGGUGGUAAACAUGACAAACUUCGGGAAUGGUACCCGCCAUAUUGUUGCACCCAGGGUUUCCCGAUUGUUUCACAGGCAACACUCCCAAUAUCGAUUGGGCACAGACUCUCUCCCCAGGUUGCGAAGGAAGCAAACAUGACGAAAUUCCGGAAUGGCACGCGCAGAAGUGCACCCAGGCUUCCUGACAAAGAGUGGGAGAGGAUGAAGCAGGUGAUUAUGGACAAGUACAGGAUCUUGCCGCUCGAGGCGGUCGUAAAGUACAUGAAGAAGGAACACAACUUCUCUGCAACGAGAAGGCAGUACAUCCAUAGGCUCAAGGGGUGGGGGGUACGCAAGUACAAACCGACCCAUUCUGGACCCGUCCGCCGGAGCAGUCCUGCCCCUGCCACCAGCGGCUCGGAUGCCCCGCCGCCCCCUGUCGAUGUUGAUGAGCUGUGCGUGGUGCGAGUCCGGCCCUCGUCUGACUAUCCGGAACUCACGGCGAAUGCUGGCUGGCCCAAGAGAGGCCGAGGCCAACCAGGGCCCCUGAGGGAUUCGCUUCUCUGGCUGGCGGACAUGCUGUCGCUCCUAGGAGACUUCCGCAAUGUCGGCCACAUAGUCACGGAGCAGUGGAAAACGAACCUGAGGAGGUACGGCGGCGACGCGUGGCUCAGUACGACUCGAGCCAAGAUGGAGCCCAAAGUUGCGCGGAUGCUAGCGAGGUCCGGCGACAGGCAGCCGGUUCCGAGCCAGGACUCGUGGGAGAGAUUGUGCUGGGAGUUUCGUCACGCUUAUACAUAUUGCACUGCCGGGGGCGAGGAGACGCACGGGGAAGAACAGAUAGCGAUCGCUCUCGACCGCAUAAUCUUCCAAGAUGGUCAGGGGGCCGACCGGCUCAAACAGCUCGACCGGCGCGUGUCCGGUCUCGACACCCCGGCGUACGUCCUCCUCCGCUCGGCCCUGGCGCGCUACAACUCGGUCCAUCCGGACGACAAGAAGUUCGACCUUGACAACAUCAUGCAGCAGUUCGUGGCCCAGCACCUGCCAACCACGACUCGCUCCGGCCCCGACAUCACCUGCCUCUCGUCGUGCCUGCGAUGGUGCAUCUCCGAGCUGGAAAAGAACGACGCGGGCGUGCCGCCGCAGGUCCCUCGACCGCCGGGCACACGCCGCCGGCACUCCGCCAUCCGCCCCGGCGCCGACGACUUCUUCACCACUCUCUGCACCUUCUGGCAUCAUCUGUCGCAGGAGAGCGGCGGCAUCCUCCCCUGCCGCCGAGGAGCCGGGGCGCGGGCCCCGGCCUGGGCUCUCGACGCAGAGGACCAGCUCGGCAUCCAGGCGCCGUAUCUCCUGGGCAUCGUGGUCUGCAUGAUCACGGCCGCCGACCUGCAGGAGACCUGCGGGGAGGCCGCGCGCCGCCCAGUCCUGGAGCGGGCCCUGGCCGGCGCCAAGGCGCUCAACCGCCUGCUCGACCGCGGCCAGUCCGGCAAGGACGCCCUGCUGGAGGCCUUCCUGCGGCAGGCCUGCGCCGUGGGCUGGCCGCUGACGGAGCUGCACGACCGGGACCUCGGGUGCCGCGUGCGCGACGUCCGGGUGGACGCGGACUCGAUGGCGCCGUACCGCCGGUAUAUUGCCGAAUCGCUCAGGGUCACCGACCUGUCCCCGCCGACCUAAGACUUUUCUUUCUUUCUUUUUUUUUUUUUUUACAAGAAAAAG